UUUCGCUGUCUUCACUCUGAUCUGAAUGAUUCGCGACGAGCAAUCUGCCGACGGCGAUGUCAUCAAUGACGAUGAUGAUAACAUUGUCAAUGAAGCAGACCAGACGCUUCUGCAGGAGGAAGUGGAGGAAGUGGAGCCUGGUGCGCAGACACUCCAAAGCAAGUCAGACUUCCGACACCGCGGCGGCGCAGACAGCGCUCUCCCAGCCAGGGCACGACUGGCAGCAUGGUGCCCGACCAUGGAUCUGAUUGCGAUCGUGACGGUGGAGAACGCCGUCUGUCUCUACCGCCUCAACUGGCAGCUGCUCUGGACGAUCGAGGCUGUCCAAGACCCAGCCGUCAAUGAUGCUGAUGCUGGUGCUGGUGAUGCUGCUGCUGCUGCUGAUCAAGAGCAAGUCAAUCCUCCUGGCGAGACGCCUGACAUCCAGCCAGUGUCUGCGCGGCGACCACCGCCAGCUCCGUCCUCAUCUUCAUCCUCAUCCUCCUCGCCUUCCUCGGAGCCCGCGCUUCCUGGCCGAUCGCCCGUUUGUGCUGCUGCCAGGAGACACGCAGACGCAGAUCCAUCAAGUGUCGUGCCGCUCUACGCCGUGGACGAGUCGACCAGAAUCACUGCGAUCGCUUGGCGACCAGACGGACGCGUCAUUGCGCUGGGUCGAGCGGACGGGCACAUUAUGCUGGUCGACACGGAGGGCGGACGGUGCUGCUAUGCAUCGCAGUUCUCGGAAUUCCCACGCAGAGUCUCGUCGACAGAGCAGCUUGUGCGAAUGGAGGCAGUGACGUGUCUCGAAUGGACGUUGGCGGACAGCGACAGCCAUUCCGCGAAUGUGUCUGCGACCGUCGCUGCGACGCUUCGUUUGACCGGAAGCUCGUCCACAGGCUGCGGAAGCUUUGAAAACUCGUCUAGCAAACUACUUCCGCCGCCGAUGCCGUUGAUUGACAAGGUUGAGGCGGGAUUUUUGGGAGCCAAUCCCUCAGCACUGGAACGGCUGCUGCUCCCGCUCCCUCCAGUCCCCGCUCCGCUACCACAGCAGCAGCACUCGACGCCCCGCGCGCCCUUCCCAAUCCUGGUGGUUGGCCGUGCUGGAGGGUUUGUAGAGCUGACUGCGUAUGGCGUUUGUCGAAUCGGCUCCAUUCCAACGCCCGAUGCCUCGCCUCCAGCACGCGCAUCCCUUUCCAAAAGCCUGUUUGCGCUUUCUAUGGUAUCUGUGAGCAAAAUCGACAGCAACGACGCCGCUGACAAUGGUGAUGCUGCGCCAGACAAUGCCCAACCACCCACGACCUAUCCACCACCCAGUGCCAACCUCGCUGUCUUUGACACGUCGUUUCUGGCAACGAGGACGGUAGAGCUCCAGGCCAUGGCUCACAGGUACACCCAAAGCGUCAUUAUGGAGGGCUACAUUUUGGAAGCAUUGCAAACAAUCCGCGAUUUGCUCUCGGACGGCAUUGUCACGGCUGCAACACGAUUCCACGAAGCCAUCAUCCAGUCCUAUUCUUCCGCGUCGGAAGUGAGUCUGUUAACCGCAUCGCAUGCCUUCCAACGCGACCUACUCGACCACCUCUGGCACGGCGCCGAGCCUCCGGGAUUUCGCGCGUUCUUGAACGGCAUCUCUGCACAAACCAUUCGCAAGUACAGCCUUGCCGUCAAACAGGCCUGCGAGCAAGUUUCGACCCUUCUGACUGGGACACUACAACCCGCACUGCAACUCGCCUUGGCCCAAUACUCAGACCUCGGCGGGUUGGCUCGCUGGCACGAUCGUUUUGGCGUGCUCGGCCUGGCUCCGGAGCGGGUGCAAGACUGCGUUGCCUGGACGCAAGCCCUGAUGCUCAAAGUGGACGAGAUGGUCUGCGCAGUCAAUCGGUUUGAUCAGCAGAUGGAGCAGUUGCUGUCCUGGCUGCACACGGUGGCCGCCAACUCUGCUGUAGCGACAGACAAGCCUCUUGUCGAGGUCAGCGCGAGCAUUAGUGCGCAAAUUGGUCUGAAGGUGGCCGAGUACUUGGCCCAAUCGGAUGACGCAACGAUUCUCCCGGCAUUCGCGCGGGAUGACUUGUCUGCGUUCGUCAGCUUUAACUCUUUGCCGUCGACGGCUCGAUCGGCUGGCGACAAGUCUCUGAAUGGUUGGACGACGGUUGUCCGUCAGAGUGCGAGUGGCGUUCUCUCGUCCAGCCAACACGACACGGUUGAACUUUCUCGAUUGGACGUGCGACAACCGGAGGCGUCGUUGUCGCAGUUGGUUCGCGCUCUCGCCACCGAGCGUGUCAAUCUGGCAGACUGGGUGGAGCUGCAGUUGAGCGGCCGGAUUGUUCCUCUCGUCAGUCCUGUGCAACUGUUCCGAUUUGUGGACCAUCCGCCUUCCUCGACCCCGGGCUUGCAGGUGCUCGAGACGAUUGCUCAUUGCAUUGUCGUGCGAGGACAGGAAUACGAGGUAGCCGAGUCCGAGACAGCGGCUGGCUUGCGCCCUGCGUUUGCACCUCGGUACCGGCAACCUCAACGCGUCCGAAGCACGUUGCCAUACCAGUGUGUCGUGUUCCACCCGGCCUACUUGAGUCUAACGCAGAAUAGCGACGAGCUGUGGGUACUUCAAUACCCCGUGGCACAACUAUCGUCGGGCACGAACGCUUUGGUUGCUCCGACCAAAGAGUCACUGGGCAUUAGCGUGGCUGCGUUCGGCUGCAAUAUUGACACUGCGGAAGAGCACCAAAUUCUCGGCGUCCAAGAUUACUCGGAUGCAACCCUCGCCGUGCUGUUAACCCGCAGGCUUGGCAACGUGCCCGAGCGUCAUCUUGUUCUCGCCGAUGUCCUCCAAGAUCCCGCCUCUUUACCGAGCUGUCCUGCCCUGCUUCUCAGCGAAAAGUGUCCUCCGGGUGGAGAAUAUCCUCUCAUGGGUCUGUCUGGCGCAUUGUUCCCAACACUUCUCAUGUCGGGUAUGCUAUCGGUCGUGCAAGGCGCGCGUGGACUAGACCGAAUGGCUGCGACGUUCAUGGCCGUCAGCGGUUCACGCCGCGUCGCAUCCAUCUUUUCCCGUGCCAGACGUGCGCGAGUUUUCGAGCUGGAUGCCAACGAGGACGACGACGAGGAAGCAGAAGAAGAGGGGGAGCGAGAAUUCGCAGAGCAGGAGCAAGAGGAUGGUGCCGAAGCUUCAUAGCGCCUUUCCCUUCCUUCUCACCCUCUCUUAUGACCUUGAAUAAAUUUUAC